CGUCUCUCGUCUUCUUCUUCGUAGCCAUCAGAACAGUCUAAUGUUUCUUCUCCAUUAAUUCUUUUUUCUAACAACACAAUCACUUGGAAACACCAACUGUCACUCUCUCUCUCUCUCUCUCUCUCUCUCUCUCUCUCUCUCACAUAUAUGUUCCUUGAUUCUCUCUUUCUCAAUCUUUGUUGGUAGAUAUUUUUGAUCCUGUCACCAUAUUUAUGGUUUUAAUUUACUACUGUUAUUGUUUUUUAAUAUCCCUUUGAGAUUCUUCCACAAUCUUUUUGAGAGAUUUGUCGAUUAGAAAAACAGUAAUGCAAGCAACUCAGGCAGCACUCAGCAAUGGAGUUGCUGAAGGUUCUCCAGUAGAGGCUGAUUCCAAAAUUGUGGAACCCUCAAAUGAAGUCUCAAAUCCAGAACCAAGUGGAAGGCGCUCGGAUCUUUCACUUCAAAUUCCUCCUAGACAUGUAGGUUUUGGCACUAGCCGUAGUGGAAAAGGUUUACUCCACUCUCAAAAUUCAUAUAAAGGCAGAUCACCAGGAGGCUUCUUGCGGACUCUCAGCUUGAAGAAAAAAGCUGCUGCUCCUGAUGGUGAGAGGAGCUCUCUCCUUACUGCAGACUACAAAACAGCUCCAGAUAGUCCUAUUAUGGCCAGCUUCAAGUCAGCAUUUUCUUGGAACAGAUGCACUUCUCUUCCUGUUACACCUGCAUCGAACUUGUCCCCUUCUGUUUCCAUGCCUGCUUCAGCAAGAAUGCCUGGUGAAUCUCAUAAAAUAAAAAAGGGGGCUGCUCAUCCUGUGGUUUCAAGGUCCCUCUCUGUGCCUUGGCGAAAUGUUGUUAUUGUACGAUCUGCAUCUUUCUCUACUCGCGAUGAGCAUGUUCUAACAGAUCCCAGUAAUGCAGAUCAAAUAACGCCUAUUCCCACUGAAGUCGAUGAUGAAGAAAUUCCUGAAGAGGAAGCUGUAUGUAGGAUCUGUUUUGAUGUAUGUGAAGAAGGGAAUACACUCAAAAUGGAAUGCAGUUGUAAAGGUGCCCUCAGACUUGUACAUGAAGACUGUGCAAUUAAGUGGUUUAGCACCAAAGGAAACAAGAACUGUGAUGUAUGUGGGCUAGAGGUUAAGAACUUACCGGUAACUUUGCUUCGGGUAACAAGCGCAGCCCAUAGAAAUAACAGACAGGAACAGAGUCACCAGAUGUCACAGUCAAUAAGUGCCUGGCAGGACUUUGUUGUGCUUGUCUUAAUUAGCACCAUAUGCUAUUUCUUCUUCUUGGAGCAAUUAUUGAUUCAUGACAUGAAGACUCAAGCAAUUAUAGUUGCUGCACCAUUUGCAUUCACGUUGGGCCUUUUGUCAUCUAUCUUUGCUGUCAUUCUAGCAAUCAGAGAGUAUAUAUGGACAUAUGCUGCACUUGAGUUUGCGUUUGUGGCCAUUACUGUCCACCUAUUCUACAAUAUGCUUCAUGUGAAGGCCAUUUAUGCAAUACUACUUUCAUCAGUUUUGGGUUUCGGGAUAGCUAUGAGCAUCAACUCGUUGUACAUUCAAUAUUUUGCUUGGCGAGUUCAGGUUGGCCAGAACCACAACUCGAACCCAAACUCGAAUCCAGUAUGAGUGAUUAUCAAAGUGAAAUGAGGUCUAGCAUAUUAUGUUUGCGAUAGAUAUGUUGUUGUUUAUCCCCACCCAGUUAACUUGGAAAGUAGUAAAACAAUUUCAUGGUAUGUUGUAAAUGAAAUUCUCCUGCAUAAUAUUACCUCCCUUUGUCCAGCUCAUUUCUUUAUUGUGCAAUGGAUAACAGUGUGUUUUUUUAUAGCAA